GCGGCCUCGGGAGGCGCCGCCGGUCGCCCGGCGUCGGAGGCGCGAGCUGCGGCGCGAGCUUCCCCAGAGCGCGGCGUCCCACCUCUGCCCGAAGCUGAAGUGAGAGGGCCCAGGGAAAGGCCCCUGCAUCCAUGGACACGAUGACCAAGAGCCGGCUCUUCCGCCUGUGGCUGGUCUUGGGGUCCGCCUUCAUGAUCCUCCUGAUCAUCGUGUACUGGGACAACAUGGGCCCCGCCCACUUCAACCUGCACACGGCCCUCUCCAGGCCGCACGCGCUAAAGCCCUUCCCCAGCCCCAAUUCAGCGCCUGGGGACGUCUUCACCUCCAGCCUUGAGACUUGGGAGAGCUUCGUCAGGGAGAAGCAGGGCCCCCUUUUGGGUAAGAGGGUGGAGCAGCCCUCCCUGCCGGCCUCCAGCAAGCCUGUGCUCGGCAACCUGGAGGAGAGCGUGCGGGGCUACGACUGGUCCAGCCAUGCUGCCCAGCAGAGUCCGGACCCGGACGGGCGGCAGGCCGAGCGGAGGAGCGUGCUGAGGGAAUUCUGCGCCAACGCCAGCUUCGUGUUCCCCACCAAGGAGCGCUCCUUCGACGACAUCCCCAACUACGAGCUGAACCACCUCAUCGUGGACGACCGGCACGGGGUCAUCUACUGCUACGUGCCCAAGGUGGCCUGCACCAACUGGAAGCGGGUGAUGAUCGUCCUGAGCCAGAGCCUCUCGGGCCAGGGCGUGCCCUACCGCGAUCCCCUGGACAUCCCCCGGGAGUACGUGCACAACUCCAGCACCCACCUGACCUUCAACAAGUUCUGGCGUCGCUACGGGAAGUUCUCCAGGCACCUCAUGAAGAUCAAACUGAAGAAGUACACCAAGUUCCUGUUCGUGCGCGACCCCUUCGUCCGCCUCAUCUCGGCUUUCCGCAGCAAGUUCGAGCUGGAGAACGAGGAGUUCUACCAGAAGUUCGCCGUGCCCAUGCUGAAGAGGUACUCCAACCACACCAGCCUGCCCGCCUCCGUCAGCGAGGCCUUCAGCGCCGGCCUCAAGGUGUCCUUCGCCAACUUCAUCCAGUACCUGCUGGACCCGCACACUGAGAAGCUGGCGCCCUUCAACGAGCACUGGCGGCAGGCGCACCGCCUCUGCCACCCCUGCCAGAUCGACUACGACUUCGUGGGGAAGCUGGAGACCCUGGACCAGGACGCUGCCCAGCUGCUGCGGCUGCUCAAGGUGGACUCGCUGCUGCAGUUCCCCCCGAGCUACCGGAACAGGACCGCCAGCAGCUGGGAGGAAGGCUGGUUUGCCAAAAUCCCCCUGGCCUGGAGGCAGCAGCUUUACAAACUGUACGAAGCAGAUUUUGUUCUCUUCGGCUACCCCAAGCCCGAAAACCUGCUUAGAGACUGAAGGCACCGGGGGAGAGCCCGAACUCCAAACGGACAAGUGGUUCUGUCGUUCUUUGAACCUGAACGGAGGGCCUGUGGCACCGCGACCGUCUCCCAGAGGAUGGAGCGCUGGCCUGCCACGUCUGUGUUUUCACGGCUUUGUCUUUCUCCUGGUGUGAUGGGCCGCCGAGUUCCACGGUGCUCUGGUGAUGAGCCCGCGGGAAACACCUGGAUCUGGUCACGCCCACACUCCAGUCUGUAAAAUGGCCUGUGGUUUUGCAGUCUAGACUUCCUGUGUACCCCUUCCCUGCAUUCGCUGAGUACUGUGCUAAUAUUGUUUUUUAAGAUUAAUAUAUUCCAGAUAUUUAAUA